UUGGAGACAGGGUCUGCUUGUCUGCGUCCUGCGGCUUCAGCGGCCGCCCCCGGGGCCCUCGACGUUGGGUUCCAGGGUCCUUCUCGUUCCAUUCCCAGGAGGGUCCGAGCUCAGGGGCCGUGGUUCCGCUGCCUCCUCCGGUCGUUGUGUGGACGCUGCGACGCAGGUAUGGCUGGAGGGCGGCGGGGCGGCCCCUAGAGUCAACGGGCCCGGGGCUGGGUGCGCUACGGAACGCAAGUCGGGGGCGUGGCCCGCGGUCGCGGCUGGGCAGACCAUGGCAGAGUUCUCCCAGAAACGAGGGAAGCGGCGUGGCGAUGAGGGGCUGGGCAGCGUGGUGGACUUCCUCCUGGCCAAUGCCCGUCUGGUGCUGGGUGUGGGCGGGGCUGCCGUGCUGGGCAUUGCCACCCUGGCCGUGAAGCGGUUCAUUGACAGGGCCACUAGCCCACGGGAUGAGGAUGACACCAAGGGAGACAGCUGGAAGGAACUGAGCCUGCUCAAGGCAACGCCACACCUGCAGCCCCGGCCUCCACCAGCUGCCCUCAGCCAGCCUGUGUUGCCCUUGAUCCCCUCGCCUUCUGCCCCAGAGGAGCCUGCAGAAACUGAUCUUCAGGUGACACCACAGCUCAGCUCCCCAGCACCGCUGUGUCUGACGCUGCAGGAGAGGCUGCUGGCCUUCGAGCGGGACCGUGUGACCAUCCCAGCAGCCCAGGUGGCUUUGGCCAAACAGCUGGCUGGCGACAUUGCCCUGGAACUGCAGGCCUACUUUCGGAGCAAGUUUCCAGAACUGCCCUUUGGGGCGCUUGUGCCUGGGGGCCCACUCUACGAUGGGCUGCAGGCGGGGGCUGCUGACCAUGUGCGUCUCCUGGUGCCACUGGUGCUGGAGCCGGGCCUGUGGAGCCUGGUGCCGGGCGUGGACACUGUGGCGAGGGACCCUCGCUGCUGGGCUGUGCGCAGGACUCAGCUGGAGUUCCGCCCCAGAGGGAGCAGCCCCUGGGACCGCUUCCUGGUGGGGGGCUACCUCUCCUCCCGCGUCCUGCUGGAGCUGCUGCACAAGGCACUGGCUGCCUCCAUCAACUGGCCAGCCAUCGGCAGCCUGCUUGGGUGCCUGAUCCUGCCCAAUGUGGCCUCGGAGGAGCUGCUGCUGGAGGUGCGGCAUGAGCGCCUGGAGCUCACUGUGGCCGUGCUUGUGGCAGUUCCUGGGGCCGAGGCCGAUGACCACCUCCUCCUGGCCUGGCCCCUGGAGGGGCUGGCAGGGAACCUCUGGCUCCAGGACCUGUAUCCAGUGGAGGCUGCUAGGCUGCGAGCCCUGGAUGACCGUGAUGCUGGGACCCGCCGGCGGCUGCUGCUGCUUCUGUGUGCUGUCUGCCGUGGCUGCCCGGCCCUGGGUCAGCUGGGCCGGGGCCACCUGACCCAGGUGGUCCUGCGUCUGGGGGAGGACAACGUGGACUGGACGGAGGAGGCCUUGGGCGAGCGCUUCCUGCAGGCCCUGGAGCUGCUCAUCAGCAGCCUGGAGCAGGCCAGCCUGCCCUGCCACUUCAACCCCAGCGUGAACCUCUUGAGCAGCUUGCGGGAGGAAGAGAUUGACGACCUUGGCUAUGUGCUAUACAGUGGCCUACAGAAGCCCGAGGGGCUGCUCUAGGUGGGUGGGAACAGGUGACUGGCAUGUUUUCUGAUGUUGGGAAGCUGCGCCCACCUCCCUUGCAGGGAUUUGGAGGGUGUUUUUUUUCUAGCUUUCAGCCAGAACAAAAGAGGGUACCUUACUUAAACCCAGGGCAAUAUGUGCUUGGGCUAUGGUGACUGUAAACCCUGAGCCCAGAGAGCUUGGGUCACUGUCACCUGAGUGUGGCUGGGCUGCCUCAGGCAGCUUGGAGUGCCAGCCAUUCACGCAAGCACUUUUCAGCCCUGGGGGCCAACUGCAGGACCUUGGCUCUAUCCAUCACCAGCAACGAAUCCAAAUGUGGUUUCUGCCAUCCUGGGCAGGGAUGAAGUCCAGCUUCUCAUUUCUGCUGAGAGAAGGUGACUUUACGCCUUCUCCGUCCCCAGCUCCAGGUGUUCUGAGGCGUCCAGUGCCUGGUGGUAGGUAUGGUGUGUUCUGUCCCCCAGGGGCUAGAGUCACCUGGUGCCCCUAAAGGACAAUUUUUUGGCUGUUAAAGGAUGGCGUUUUCCUGCUCUCUUCUGUGUGUUUAGUUUUCUUGCUGUGUUCUCGAGCCCUGGAGCAGGAGCUCAGGGUCACUUGCCACCCGCCUGAUAACUCAGCGCAAGGGCCCUUUUCCCUCCGACCAGGUGAGUGUUUUCUUCCGGCAGCCGACGGCCCUGGAAGAGCCCCCUCCUUCCUGGGGGAGCUGAGGCUCUGAGCUGCACUCCCUACCCCACAGCUGGGGCAUCCCACUGGAGCUGUUCCAGGCCCCACUGCAGAGCAGGGGACCUGUCUCCCCACCAGAGAGGUCCGGCCCAGAGAGCCGGCCCCUCAACGUGCCAAAAUGAACUACUCUCAGCUGAUGUCUGUAUUCUGACUUUGAAGCCUGUUAGAGGGAGCAGGGGGUGCUACAGGAGGGAGAUUCCACCUCCCCUCCCAAGUGACCCUCCUCCUGCCUCUGGUAUCCUUCCUGCUGAAACGAAGCUCUGCUUCGAAGAUGUGAACAAUAAAAGGAAAACAUUCUAAUGUA